ACGAGCCGGGGUGUGAGGGUAGAACGGGGUAGGAGACGUACAAGGCGUACAAGGAAUGUGUAACAUACUAACGCAUACGACCUUGGAUGUUAUCAGGGGCAUGAGGAAAAUGUGUUAGGCAUGAUUGCAGUAAUUGAAGCACUGAUUUGCUGAGUUUAGUAAUAGCGAUAGGUAACAGUGGAAGUCGUCGAAGUAUACAGUUCUGCCCUCAGAAACAUUAAUUUUCAGGUGUUAGUUGUAUAACGACAGUGGGAGCAAGUUUGCAUUUCGUAUAGAAUUUGCCCCCAACCGUAAACUAGGUUAGGUAUUUGGGAAGAAUUGUGUCUGUACAUUUAAUAUGACACAAUAUCUCCGCGAUCUUUCGGAUUUUAGAAAAGAAGAAAUGGAUGAUUUUCUUGCAUCUUUUGAUACUGUUUUGACAGAUUGUGAUGGUGUGUUGUGGUUUGAAAAUACCCCACUGGAAGGGUCAGUAGAAGUUAUUAACAGACUGAAGGAACUUGGGAAGAAAGUGUUCCUUGUCACAAAUAAUUGUAAUUCAACUGUGAAUCAAUAUAUGAACAAAAUUAACACAUUUGGGCUACAUGUAGCAGAGGAUGAAAUUAUCUUCCCUUCACUAGUGGCAGCAUCAUAUUUCAGGGAACAAAACUUCAGAAAGAAAGCAUACAUCCUUGCAUCUUCAGCUUUCAAAGAAAUUUUUGAAUCUAAUGGGAUCAUAUGUAGUAGUGAUGUUGGACCUGACCAUGCUGUGAAAACCAUACGAGAUCUUGCAAAUGAGCUGCAAGAUUUGGAUGAAGAAGUGGGAGCUGUAGUCAUAGAUUUUGAUAUGAACAUCAACUUCAUCAAGAUGAUGAAAGCAGUGUUUCAUCUCAAGAAUCCAGAUUGUCUGUUUGUUGCUGGAGGCGUAGAUGUACGUGUACCUUCUCAGAGUGGACUCAGUAUUUUAGGUCCUGGAUGUUUUAUCUCACCUAUUGAGGAGGUGUCUGGUCGCAAGGCUCUGGUGACAGGGAAACCUAGUGUGUUAGUCAAAGAGUUUAUCAGCAAGAUACAUCCUAUCAAACCUGAGAGAACACUUAUGAUAGGAGAUAUGAUCUCCACAGAUAUGCAGCUGGGUACAAACUGUGGAUUCCAGAAACUACUGGUACUUUCUGGAGGAACAAAGUUUGAAGAUUUGAAGGAAGACAACACUAACUUGCCACAUUAUUAUCUUAAAACUCUGGGAGAUCUUUUGCCUCUCCUUCCAAUCAUAUAAAAUGACCUAAUGUCACAUCUUCUUCAUCUAUGUCUUUACAGGCAAGUAGCAUAUUAAAUCAUUGCUUGGUUGAACAACAUUAAUAGGUAAAACAUGUUUUGUUUCUCAAUUUUAGAGUUGUGUACAAAUGAAUGUUUUUUAAACAGUCACUGCAUUUAAAUAACAAUUCAAGCUUGCGGUGAAGUGACUGCUGUCAAAAGAUUGGUACAAGAAUUUUUGACUGUGUUGAUUUGUGUAGCAAUAGUGCUCCUUUCUUUCAUGUAGAAUGUACCCACUUUUAAUUGUUUGUAACUUACUGGUUGUCCUGAUUGAAUUUUAUUUUAUAUUUUUCCUUAUUUGCUGAAAGUACUUUUAAAUGGACAUCUUUCCAAGUCCUAAAAUACCAGGCAGGUCAGUGCAGCAUUUUUGCUUCUGCAUCAAGGAGAACCUCUUUCAAAGCUCAGCCAGUAUUUCUGCUGCCCUGGCAAUGGCUUUACAUGAUUUUCUUUAUAUUCUCCAGCCAAGUGCCUGAUCUCAACCUUGAAACAGACAACAGCCACUUCCUUCAAUACACAUACAUACUCAGCAUAUUCUUACAUAACCAGUUUUUCCAGCUCUGAUGACACUUUGAAUUUCACAGUUGAUAAAACGUCAUUAUUUAAACCGAACAUAUAAACAGAAAAGAUACUUUACAGUUUGAAGAUUAAAUACUUGUACUGAAUAAUUUACUGCAUAAUUUAUUGCUCAGAGCUGGAACAGCUGUCACUAAAGUGACUGAUUCAAUGCUGGUUGGCUGCAGUUCACAUCCUGGUAAGGGCAUGGUUUCUCCUUCCACAACUAUGUCUGGACCAGGUCUGAGGCCCACCAAGCAUCCUGUCCACUGGAUACUAGAGGCUGUUUCUGCGGGAGUAAAAUGGCUGUAGCAUGUAGCUCAGCCACCUCUUCAGUACCGAGCUGAGAUUAAUAUUGUGUGGAGCUUUAUUUCCAAGAAUAUCUAUACAUUUUGAUGAUGUGUUGCCUAAGCACAGUCAAACUUGUGUUAUUUUAUUGCAUAAAUAGAGGAGAAAAGCUUGAGUGUUUUUAAGACUGGUUAACAAAUUGUAGUCAGUAUUACAGUGUGUGCCUUGAACUGCCAUCAUUGGCAGUGAAUAUGUUAGUUAAACCCUAUUAAUGUGAUAUAUUCUUGGUUAUCCAAUUCUGGUAUCAGGUACAUAUAAUCAAAACGGUUUUUUCACUUAAUUUUUUUAAAUACAAUGAUAUGUUACAUCUGUGAUUUUAAGUACUGCACCUAGUCUUGUUAGAAGUGUUAUUUUAUAUGCACAAUUUACUAAAUAUCAAUCUUAAUAUUGAUACCCCUAGCAUAUCUCAUGCAGUGCAUUUAGAAAAGUUGUAUGGUCCAGCCAGUAUUAAGAGUGGACUAGAGAUUGUCACUCCUAAUGGUUCCAUUCACUGAACCCAGGGUUGUAGUUUCUGUUUUUCCCCAUGAAGGGAAUAUUAUAUAAUUUUAUAUUGGCGUUUUAGAUAUAGACAAUGUAUUAUGGUAGAAUUAUUUACAAUGAUGAAUUUGAAUAUAUGACAAAUAAGUUAUAAGUUAAGGUCUGAUGAGAGCCUGCAAGAAGAAUUUUUUUAUUUUAAUUAUGUUACUUUAAAAUCAUUAAUUGCUUUGGUGCAAUUAAAACAACAAUAAAGGUAUCACCCAGUAGU